CAUGUUGCCACAAAACAAAAAAAUAUAAAAAAGAUUUUAUAAUCAAAAAAUAUUUUUGUUUAUGACGUAACAUGAAGCACUUUUCAAUGCAUUGGCAUCUAUACUUGGAUGUUGUUACAAUUUUAUGAAACAAUAUAUGCGAAGAAUCGCAAAAGAUUAUAGGUCAAAACGGUGCAUAAAUUGUUUCAUAAAAUUGGAACGACAUGAAAGUACAAUUGUAUUUAUUUUAUCCGAAUAAUUCGAGAUUACUUAUUACACAACUCAAUAUUGAUACUCUCAAAAAAUAAUUUGCAAUUCUACGGGGUCAAGCAAAAACAGUUCAAACUACAAAACUGCAUUAUAUCAGUAUCCAGCGUCGCGUUAACGAAAGACAUUACUUUACAAUCGACAACUUAUUCAUACGACAAUUUUCAUUAACACGCCGACAAAGAAAGAAAAGCUCAAGAAACGUUCGGAGCGCGUAUCGACACCGUCGACAAUUUUUCGUCCCUCAUCAUUCGCACACGAUCGUUUGGCGCGCCCUUAGCCAAGCCAAAGAAAGAGGGACAAAAGCGUCGCGGACCUACAUGCAUACGUAAAUCUGAUUACAUACGCCUCGCGUCAUCAGCGCGUCAUCGGCGGCGCGGCGUUCCCAUUUGGACGCGCUCGUUCGCCGAACUCGACUCCGACUCGGAUCGGUUUGCACUCAUCGCUCAUGUUUCGCGAUGCGUCGUCAUCAUUAUCUCUCCCGCGAGGUCACCCACCGAUCCUCUCGAAUGCGUGCCCAGGCCUCCUCUUUCUGCAUCCCGACAAGAGAAAGAGAGAGAGAGAGAGAAAGAAAGAGAACCGCGUUCGCGUUACAGGGAGCACCCGAUAGCACCGCUCUUCGCCCUAUUGAUUUUCCCGCAGAGGCGCACGCGCUAUUCCGUUCCCGAUUGCAACCAGGGGGUGCGGCUGUAACCAUGGAUCCCAGUGUACUCGCCACCAUGGACAAGGACGCAUUGAAGAAGCAGAUCGAGAACAUGAAGUACCAGGCGUCCAUGGAACGGUGGCCUCUUUCCAAGAGCAUCGCGGCGAUGCGGGAGUAUGUGGAAGAGAACGAGAAGAAUGACCCGCUGAUACACGCGCCCGACAAGAAGAACAAUCCCUGGGCCGAGAAAGGCAAGUGCAUAAUCAUGUAAUCGAGCCGGAGCGGAGGAAGGGCCGCAGCAGAAGAAGGAAGCGUGCAUGUACGAGCGUGCGAGGAGGAGAGGAGAGCCGGUCGUUCAUCCGCGGCAGAAGGGAUCUCGAACGGACCACGAAAGGGUGGAGUAGAAGGUGCAGGAGGAAGAGGAAGAGACUCGCCGGUGAACGUUCGCCGUGGCUCGCGGAUCCGCGUCGACCGGCCCGUCGAACUGACAGAGCCAACAGGUCGCGCCGGUCGGUCCUCUCGAUCUCUCCGCGGGACAAAGGGGGAAAAUCGCUCGCCCGUCGCUGCUCCUCCGAUGCACUGUGUGUUUCCAUGUCGCGCGACCUGCUGCGGCUUACUUCUCGCGCCGAUCCUCGACUAUCGUCGCGUCCCACUUCGGCGUGUUCUUCGUCCGAUCGUAUUCGUGAGAAACAAUCGUAACUGUAUACGGGAGGGAAAUCUCAGUUUGUGCGACUCUAAAUAGGGGCCAGGUGAAAAUUCGGCAACGUGACAUGAUGUAUCUCUGUUAACGCGCCCGUAAGCUAACUUGUUAAGCAAGCUUAGAACGUUUGGGACAACUGGAAACAAUUGAGUAAGCGGGAACCUUUCGUGUCUCUGUUCUCUCUGUUCCUACGACUCAAUUUUCCGCCUGGUCCCUGUUCCCAUCAGGCAGCGGAAAAUCCAGUUACAAUAACGGAAUUAUUCCUCCCGUAUAAGAGCGCCCGCUGCAAGGCAGCUCGGGAUCGAUCGCGACCGAUCGCGAAGUCUCACCGCGAUUUUCCUUCGCGAAUACUCGAUCGCGCCCUCUCGCCCGGCAGCUCCUUCGGCUGUCUCACACGACGAACGUGUGAGAGAGCGAAGGCAACGCGAAGAGAAAGACAUUGUCACUCGAUCGAUUCCAUCGGGCGAGUCGCGUAUCGUCAACAAUCCGCGUCGAAAUCGAGCGCCAAAUUCCAAGUCGUUCCUGCGUUCGCGUUCUCUAAUGGAGAGCGGAGAGGAGACGAGGAAGAAGAGGUGGAAAUAUCGCAAGGAUCGCGAGUCACUUUCCGCCGUCUGGCAGUCGUCCUUCGGUACGGUCGAUCAAUCGGUUGGUCAAUCGAUACCGAACCGACCGCCGCGCGUUGAGCGACGUCGCCUCGCACAUCUCACUCUCGCCGAUGCACUCUUUCGCCGUGUAAAAUUCCCCACGACAACCCACCGUGAAUGCAAUUUACCAUAACGUUACGUGUACACGUGUGCUAUGUUACCAUAUUAUACAAAAGACAUACAAUUACUACUACAGCGAUACAAAUUGAUUCCGAUGAAUCAUUAAUUGACCUUACAAUAUUAUGUAUCUCUGCGCGAAUUUCUUACAAGAAAAAACAGAAAAAGAAAUAUAACAUGACCACUAACUGAAGUCCGAA